AUGAAGAAUCCGUUGAAGGAGUGGCGAAGACGCUCUUCGGUGGAGAAUACGUCGAGAUGGGUUGGGAACCAUGAAGGUUAUGAUAAUACACCUCUUCCUACAUUGACGUGGAAGGGGUUUUGGAUGGGAAUCUUGGUGUCGAUGGGUGGAUUCGUCUUCGGUUAUGACACAGGUCAAAUCUCUGGAUUCCUCGGGAUGAGCGAUUUCCUGCGGCGCUUUGGACAACGUCACAGUGAUGGUAGGCUGUACUUUUCCAAUGUCCGUUCUGGAUUGAUAGUUGCGCUGCUGUCUAUUGGUACACUAUUUGGUGCCCUCAUCGCUGCCCCCAUUGCAGACAGGAUUGGCCGGAAGAUGAGUAUUAUCUUCUGGUGCGGUAUCUUCUCAGUUGGUAUCAUCGUACAGCUAGCUGCAACCGACGCGUGGUAUCAGAUCAUGAUGGGCCGUUUCGUGGCAGGUCUAGGUGUUGGAGCGUUGAGUUUGCUCGUCCCUAUGUAUCAGGCCGAAACAGCACCCCGCCACAUCCGUGGUGCUCUCAUAGCAACGUAUCAGCUCAUGAUUACCUUCGGUAUUUUCCUUGCCGCUGUCUUCAACUACGCAUCGGAGCGUCACCAAUCGGGCAACAAAGCCUCUUGGCAGAUAACUCUUGGUCUCUCGUUUGUGCCUGGCGUAAUUCUUGCGGUGGGUAUCCUAUGGUUCUCCGAGACACCGCGGUACAAUUUCCGUCACGGAAAGAUAAAGGAAGCGACAGAGACAAUGAUGCAGGUAUAUGGCGUGCCAGAGAACAAUUACAGUAUCCAGUUGGAGCUAGAGGAGAUGCGGGUGAAGCAGGAGGCGGAGAGCAACUUGACGAACAACCCGAUUCAGGAGUGGUUGGGCAUGUGGAAGGCGCCCAAGAUGGCCUAUCGACUCGUGCUUGGUAUGGCACUGCAGAUGAUGCAGCAGUUGACUGGAGCCAAUUACUUCUUCUAUUACGGGACUGUGAUUUUCUCGGGAACAGGUAUCAAGAAUUCCUUUGUCACGCAGAUGAUUUUGAAUGGUAUCAACUUUGGCGUGACUUUCUACGGUCUCUACAUUGUCGAACACUACGGUCGCCGCAAGUCCCUGAUUGCAGGAUCCAUAUGGAUGUUCAUUUGCUUCUUGAUUUUUGCAUCAGUUGGCUCAUUUUCGCUUGACCGAGAAAAUCCUGAGAACACGAAAAGCGCAGCCAUAGCUAUGAUCUGCUUUGCUUGCUUCUUCAUCUUUGGGUUUGCAACAACCUGGGGACCAAUCAUCUGGGCUAUCUGCGGAGAACUCUACCCAUCGCGCUACCGCGCCAAGGCAAUGGCCCUAUCCACGGCCAGCAACUGGCUCUGGAACUUCCUCCUCGCCUUCUUUACUCCCUUCAUCACCAGCGCAAUCAAUUUCCGCUACGGCUACGUCUUCGCAGGAACAAACGUUCUCGGCGGCCUCCUCGUCUACUUCUUUGUUAUUGAAGGCCAGGGCCGUACCAUCGAGGAAGUUGACACCAUGUACCUCAUGGGCGUUAAACCAUGGGAAAGCGCAAAGUGGGUUGUACCCAGCCUAGAGGAGAUGAGUGCAGACCUGAGGAAAAGGCUUGAGGAAGCGAAUCCCGAGUUAGCAGUCAAGCAGGAGUUGGCAGCAAAUAGAGGGGAGAGAACUAAUGAAAAUGGGGAGGGGGUCAGGGCGGAGGAGGCAGGCGGUGAUGGGGAGAAAAUUAGCGAGGCAAGUGGGGAAGAAAGUGAGGGGAGUGGGCUUGAGAGGAUGAGGGAGAAGAAGGAUGUUGAGGCGUAG